GCUUCAAAAGCUUUUCAUUUCAAGAGCGGAGACUGAAGAGAGCGUACUGCUUCAGGCUUCUCUUCCUCCAAGACUCACUUCUUCUGCAGAGACCUCGGGAGCUGGAUCACUCGAGCUCGAUUUCAGAGGAUAGGAGAGCCAUAGGUGUGAGGACCUGAACAUUCGAUCAGCUCCUGCCCCUUCUUUGUGCGUGUGCUGAGAAUCAUUUUGAUCAGCUCAAGUUUCAGAUCCUCUUACCAAUUGUUCGUUUCUUUCUUUCUUUCUGAGGAGUGGACACUGGAACUCUCAUAAACUACUCUCACAAGAAUUCAGAAAUAGCCUACUUCGAUUUCUUCUUCUCUUGCCCUUACGAGAUGUUCUGUUGGACAGGAGAUGCUUAGAAUUAAGUGUUUAGGAAAGAAAACACGGGUAUUACUAUGUGUAUGUCUUUUUUCUUCUUUUUCAGCCCCGUAGCAUUAUAUAUUUUUAGCAGCGGUGAUGCACUUAUUUUCUGUCUAAAAAGGAUAUACCGAGUCUCACUUCGUUGUUGGAGCAAAAUAAAUGGAAGGACCGAAAGUAUCAAGUACUACCUGGACUUUUUCCUUCAAAAGGCCCAAGAUAUAAAGUACUAAUUGAUUUUUUUUCUCCUUCAAAGGACCCAAAAUAUAAAGUACUAAUUAAUUGAAUCACUUGCCUUACGUUAUGCCUCAGGUUUCUUCUGUCUAUUUAUUGCAACAUCUUCCUGAAUCUGCCUUGAAUUUACAUAACUGAAUUUCACAGUACAAAACUUGAGAUUAUUGUGUUUCGAGCUUUCUCCUCUCUAAUCUUGGCUUCUGAAGUCAAAGCAGGGGACACAUGGUUGAUGGCGCCCCUGGAGUCAGGUUCUUCACAGCUCUUCUUCAACAGCAAUGUCAUCGACAACACAUUUGAUAUCUAUGAGUGCAAUAGCAUGGCGGGCACUGAAGCUAUGCUAGGUCAUAGCCGGUUUUCUCGGCCUCCGUGCACUAAUAAUGUCCCUGAUCCACCUCCGUUACCUGGAACUUCUUAUGGCAAGCAGAGAACUUCCAGAAAUGCAAAGGCUUGUUGUAUUCAUGUCUCUGAAGUGGUCCAGGACUCCUGGACCAAGUUAUUCUUAGAGGGAUAUCAAGCCGAUGUCUCUAUCUCGACCGAUGAUGGAUCCAAGAUUUUAUCACAUUCGUGCAUUCUUGGCAUCAGAUCUCCUGUUUUAAGAACCAUGCUGGAACAAGCCACAGUACAGCAUGGUUUCAGACAUAUCCUGAUUCCUGGUGUACCAUCAGAAGCGGUCCAUGUCUUCAUCAGAGACCUAUAUUCUUCACGUUUCAAGCAGGAUGAGAUGAAGAAAUAUGCUCUCCACUUGCUUGUACUGUCUCACGCUUUCUCGGUACCAUCCCUGAAGAUUGUCUGCACCGACCAACUUGAGAGAUUUUUUCUUGCUCCUGAUAACGUGGUAGACAUGCUACAACUGGCUAGACUAUGUGAUGCACCAAGGCUCUCGCUCGUCUGUACACGUAUGAUCAUUGGAGAUUUCAAGACUAUCUCUCUGUCGGAAGGGUGGAAGGUGAUGAGACAGAUCAACCCAAGCCUAGAACAAGAGCUUCUUGAGUCUCUUGUUGAAGUGGAUACAAGAAGGCAAGAAAGAACUAAAAGGAUGGAGGAAAAGAAGGUUUAUCUCCAACUACAUGAAGCUAUGGAAGCCCUUGUUCAUAUAUGCCGAGACGGAUGUAGGACAAUUGGUCCCUGGGAUCAAAAACUCAAGGGCAGUCAAGCUGCUUGCCAGUUUCCUGCCUGCAAGGGUGUUGAGCUGCUCGUGCGCCAUUUCGCGGCAUGCAAAAUGCGGGUGCCUGGUGGCUGCGCCAACUGCAAGCGCAUAUGGCAACUUCUUGAGCUGCAUUCUUGCAUGUGUCCCACAACAGACACCUGCAGGGUUCCUCUAUGCAGGCAUUUUAGAAUGAAAAUGCAACAGCUGGGCAAGAAAGAAAAGAUAAAAUGGGACAUUUUGGCGUGUAAGGUGCUAGAGAGCAAAGGAACAAUCAGUUCCAUCCCAACAAGGAGAAAGCUAACAUCCAAGGCAGUUGGAAGUUGCCCUGUAGUUUGACAGCGAAGAUGUUCCUUCGGACAUCUGAGCAUGUGAAUCAUUUUAGCAAACUAAGAUGGCUACACUAAGUACUACUGUGAACUAUUUUAGUACUUAGUAGUAGCUUCCAAUGGAGGAUCAAAGCUGAAUUCAGACAAUGGUGUCUCCAAGUUCAUGAUGUCAAGUUUUUGGCAAUAGGAGCAGUUGCCGAAAUCCUAGCAGGUCGAAAGGCAUGAUGUGUUAACUUGGCGCUUCCGAGUACCUGCAUAUAAAUCGAAGUUUGAUCCAUUAGAUUGUACUACAAUCAUGGAGAACAUAGAAGAAUCAGAGAGUUAGCCAAAAAAAAAACUUGAGAAUGGGUCCACUAGGACUGACCAUGGUC